AUGGCAUCGAAGCAAGCGCUCUCGAGAGCGGCGACAAAAGCAGUUCCCGCCGGCAAACGAUCAUCGUCCAGUCGAGCCAGCUUCCUCGCGCAGCAAGCGUAUGCAUCACGAAUCGCCAAUAUCUCAUACCAAGCAAGAGCACACCGAAAGCAGCAGCAGCUCUACCGAUCCAUAUUCGCCGUCGCCGUCGCAGGAGGCCUUGCAACGGCCUCGCAGUUCUACAUCAACGAUGGCAACUUUUUCAGACAGACCCAAGCCGAAGCACCGGCGAAGGAAGAGGAGGACGAUCAUGAACUCAUAUUCGAAGAGUCGAGGAAGAAGGCCAGCAAUAGCAAGGAGGAGAAUCGAGAUAUGAUCUCAAGUCAACACCAUCAAGUCAAGCGAUCGUGGGCGGCUCCUGGCGUGUAUGCCUGGGGCAGUAAUACAGGAAGAGUCGUUGCGCCAGACAGUACGGAGAACGUUAUCAAGACCCCCAGGCGAAUACCGUUCUUCGACGGAAAGCUGUUACGGGAUGUCAAGCUGGACAGGAAUUUUGGAGCGGCGAUUGAUGAGCAGGGAAACCUGCUGCAAUGGGGCUUGGGAUAUGCGCCAGAUAUCAGAGAGCCAGUCGCAACAUUGAAGGGGAAGAAUUUGAUUGCAUUGACGAUAUCGAAGGACCGCAUACUGGGUUUGGGAGGCAACGGCAAAGUCUACAGCAUACCCGUAUCUGCAGAAGAGCAACAAGAAGGCAUCAAACCAUCAGAGUCGAGUUGGAUCCCCUUCUGGCAUGGUUCCAGCAAGAUCUCAUACCGCACCAUUUCGCCUAAAGACCUCGGAUACUCUGAGAAGAUCACAUCGAUCGCAGGCGGUCUUGAGCACGCAUUGAUGUUGACAUCGAAAGGCCGUGUCUUCUCGACAGCUUCGGCAUCAGACAACUUUCCAAGUCGUGGUCAGCUUGGCAUCCCGGGCCUUACAUGGAUCACCAGACCUGAAGGCGCCUACGACCAGCCGCAUGAGAUCACAACACUACGAGGCUUUCAAGUGUUGAAGCUUGCAUGUGGCGACUACCAUUCGUUGGCUUUGGACAAAGACGGCCGUGUCUUCGCAUGGGGCGACAAUUCUUCGGGCCAACUGGGCUUCGACUACAGUCCCGAAGCCAGCAUUGUCGAUGUCCCGUCGCUCCUCCCCACUCAACGUUUAUACUCCGGCUGCUCGCAACAGCCAUGCAUUACUCACAUCGCUGCUGGCGGCACUAACAGCUACCUCACCGUGGAUGCCACCCGCUUGGCUUCACCAAAAGACGACCCCACCGACCCUCGCGUCAAACUCAGCAUUGGUCGUAUCACUGCAGAUACGUUCGCCUUCGGCUCUGGCAUCAUGGGCAAUCUGGGCAACAGCCGCUGGACGCACGUCCAAAAUACACCAACCAAGAUCCCCACCCUCAGCGGCCUGUUCGAGUACGACGAGAAGACCAACGAAACUGUGCCCAUCCGCCUCCAAAACCUUAGCGUCGGUGCCACGCAUGCUGCUGCCGUUAUGAAGAACAUCACCUACACAUCCGCCUCCGACAAGACAUCUGAUGACGACACCAACUGGGGCGCGGACAUCGUAUUCUGGGGCGGCAACGAGCACUACCAGCUCGGCACAGGCAAGAGGAACAACGUCUCAACACCCAUUUACAUUCAGCCUCUCGACAUGGAAGCGGAGGUGAAGCGGGCGAAGAAGAGCAGUGGUGGAAAGGAAGAGCACAGGUUUCACAUCACGCCGCGGACAACAGCCAAGCUGGGCGAUGGGAGGAAGAUAAGUGUUGAGCAGCGAGUGGAGUGUGGGAGGAAUGUUACUGCUGUCUACUCUGGGACUUGA